UACUGCUACUGCUGCUAGUACUGCUGGUACUGCUGCUACUGCUGCUAUUACUGCUACUGCUGCUAGUAUUGCUACUGCUGCUAGUACUGCUACUGCUGCUAGUACUGCUACUGCUGCUAUUACUGCUACUGCUGUUGCUGCUGCCGCUGUUGCUGCAGCAAUUGUUCAAAUGAAAAUGAAAUAG